GUUAAAAAUACAAUUAAAGUAUUUUUUUAAAAAGGAGAUUUGAUCAAACAGACACAACAAUACACAUUUAAACAGUCUCCUUAAACGCACCAUUAAUAAUAAAGAGCUUAAAAAGGGGAUUUUUACUUGCAGAGUGUAUUAAAUCUGGUCUUGCAGUAUAAAAUAAGGGUCUCCUUCAGAUCUGCAUCUUUCUGGGUCCAUGUGGGAGUCAAAAAGAGGAGGGAUGUGUGGUCCCGCCCCCUCGGUGCAAACCAACCAAUAGGAUCUCUCCCUGGAUUAUCCUGCUGUUAUAAAGCCUGGGGAUGCUGAGGCUGCGAGAGGAGAAAGACCACUUCACUUUAAACCAAAACUGUGGGCUGCAAACCUGAUCCAACAAGUGCACAGCAGAGGAAAACUAAAGGUAAAGAAAAGAAAAAAAGAAGUAGUGAUGGAGCACUCCAAACAGACACAGUACACUUCAACAAAUGAAAAGAAAGAGAGUGGUGACAGCAGCAGCAGCAGCAGCUCGGUGCUCAAUGGACACUCCAGCUCGCAUCGGACCCAAGCUGCUGUGAUGGAGAGCUGGAAGGAGGAGCGCACCAGGAGUGUGGAGGACAAUGAGAUGAGCCUCCCGUCUCUGGCUGCAGCUUACACCACCAUCCUGCGGGGGCUUGGGGAGGAUCCGCAGAGGCAAGGGCUCCUUAAAACCCCCUGGAGGGCCGCCACAGCCAUGCAGUUCUUCACCAAGGGCUACCAGGAGAAAAUUAUCGACGUGCUGAACGACGCUAUCUUCGACGAGGACCAUGAUGAGAUGGUGAUCGUCAAAGACAUCGACAUGUUCUCCAUGUGUGAGCAUCACCUGGUGCCCAUCUUCGGCAGGGUUCACAUCGGCUACCUCCCCAACAAGCGAGUGCUGGGCCUCAGUAAGCUGGCCAGGAUCGUUGAAAUCUACAGCCGCAGACUACAAGUUCAGGAGAGGUUGACCAAACAGAUCGCCGUGGCGAUCACAGAGGCCCUGCAGCCAACCGGUGUCGGCGUCGUCAUCGAAGCGACUCACAUGUGUAUGGUGAUGCGCGGCGUUCAGAAGAUGAACAGCAAGACCGUCACCAGCACCAUGUUGGGAGUUUUCAGGGAAGACCCGAAAACCCGCGACGAGUUUCUGACGCUCAUCAGGAGCUGAGGAGGACGAUAGCGUCUCCUUUUCCUCCUCCUACUGUUGCCUGGGGUUACCUCCACCUGCACGGACCAGCCUCUGUGCUACCUGUGUGUGUGUAUGUGAGACAGAGUGUGUGUGUGUGUGUGUGUGUGUGUAUGUGUGUGUUUUCCAUCUCACCAAAGGCAGUGACAGAGUGUUUACUGUGUUUUCAGUCCGAUUCCUUUUAAUCGUCAGAUAAAGUGAAGCGUUACCUCACAGAUGUUUCUGUUUGUCGGAGGCCAUUGACUGACUGACACGUUGUUUACUUUUAGACAACAGGGACAGACUUUACCCCCUUUGUCCACGUGUGUUUUGUGUGUGUGUGUGUGUGUGUGUGUGUGUGUGUGUGUGUGCUCGUUAAUAAAAUAUAAGCCUCUGGCAUCGAACACCAGAGAGAAAGACUUUAUAGAGAGAAUAGAGAGGAAUCAUUCGUCAUUUAGUGGAGUUUAAACGUCUAUAAACAGUAUGAAAAUGACUGUUUACAGACAAAUAAUAAUAAAUAAAAGCAUCAGAUUUUCAGUAAUUUGGUUUUUGAGCUCAGUUAGACUAAAGAGUCAAGAAGAAAACUCAAAAUAAUGUCAAACAAUAGUCAAAAAUCGUGGCAUGUCAGUCCUAAAAUCUACAUCAUAGCAACAUUACGACAUGGAUUGUGCAUAGAGUAUAAAGAUGAUUAUUAAUGAGAUGGCAGAAAGUGGCGCUAAAUGUAGAAUCACUACAUUACAUUUACUGACACUAAUCACUGUAGGUAAAGCCAGCAGGAAACAAGAUCAGAGGAAACUGUUAGCUGGGGACAGUUAGGAUUUUUUGCAUUUUGUUGGAAAGAGGAGGGAGGGUUGUAAUGCCAUGAAGAGCCACAAGUAGGCGCACUGGCACAGCUAGACUUGGGUUUUCCAUCUUUACAAUGUGGUGGUGCAAACACUGCCGCGGCUGAUGGAGACCAGAUUCAAAGAUGGUGCAUAUUUAAUCAAUUUAAAUUGAUUGCCUGGCACAGAAAAAUGCUUAAAAUGUUAUGCUACCCGCUGAAUACAUGUAGUAGAGUUGGCGGUCUAUGGGGAAAAUGCUUUUUGGGCUGCAGAUUUAUUUGUUGCAGUACCAUGAGUGGCCACUGGGAAAACUUGUAAACCCCUCUUUAAGCACGAUUUAGGACUGAUACCAGUAAGCUCACUUUGUGAAUUCGGCCCCGAUCUCAAAAUCACAGCACACACACAGCAGGAUGAGACAGAAGUUUAAAGUACGACUAACUCUGAGACAAUUAGUCAAUUAUUUGAUCGGUCAAUCAUUUCAAAUCAAAAAGAUGAAUCUGUAAUGAAAAUAACGGUUAAUUGCAUCCCAAAACAUGAUUUCCUCUUUUUCCUUUAAAUCUUGGUGAUCGAUAAUGUUUUUAUGGCACUUUCACACUCAGAGUGUCAAAAAAGUCAGUUUACAUUGACUUCAAUUCAGGAGUGUUUAUUAAGUUGCUGAUUUAAAUCUCAGAUUGAAAAGUUUAGCGCAAAAUGAUUCGAAAUUGGAGCGAAACACAGAUUGAAAUAAACAGUGUGGGUCUGAAAAUAACCCCAGUAUCACUCUGCUGGUGAGGAAGGAUCCGUCUGAUUGUGCCAACUCGCCUCUCGACUAAAACCAAAAAAACGACUUCAAAGCGAAACUGGAAGUUCGAAUUUUGGAGAGAGGCAAAUUAAGUGUGUGUGUAUGUGUUUGUGUGUGUGUUUAUGUGUGUGCGUGUUCUUCACAGCUGAUGAACGACGUGGAGACGGGCGACUGUGUGUGUGUUACUAUGUGUUUAUUUGUGUAACAUGUUAUUGCAUCUCAAUGCAUCAUAGUGUCCCCAGUCAGAUUUAUGGGAGGUUUUAAUGGUGUAACGUGUUGACUGGAGUAUAGUGUGUGUGUGUGAGUGUAUGUGUGUGUGUGUGUGUGUGUUGGGGAGGGGGGGUUGUUGUAUUUGUGGCCUUGUUGAGAAGGACAGCUGGUUCUUUGGCACCUUCACCAUCAGUGUCACUUUAUGUACUGUGUUCAUUUCAAAGACUUUUUAAUCAAAGAAAAUAAAUCUAUGUGUCGACAAAGA